CUGUUUCACAGAGUACUUUUUAAUAUUAAAUCAAAACAAUAUCUACAGAAUGUGAUUACCCGUGAAGUUUUAAAAAAUGUAUAAAAUUGUAAAGUACCAACAAAUUCUUAAUCACUUGUAGUUUUCCAACUUACAUAAGCUUCUUUACAGUCAAAUACUUCUUGACUCUCAACAUUGUUCAAUGCAAUGUUUGUUAGAACACUUGUCAUAAUUUUCAAACAUUGUAAUUUGAAGACAAUUAGGUAAUUCUAGCAAUAUAGCUUGUAAUUUUCUUAUGAAAUCUUGGAAAAAUGGAUGUAAGAGAAAUGAAGACGUGCGGAAACUGCAAACGGGAUAUACCAGCAGUGAACUUCACAAUUCAUACUGUACACUGUGCAAGGAAUAUUGGCAUGUGCCCUGUCUGCAAGGAACCAUUUCCUCAUUGUGAGCUGCAAGAACAUCAUGAGAAGAUGCAUAAACUAUUGCCUUGUAAGCAGUGUGGAGAUAGUGUCUGUGGAACAGAUUUGGAGGAUCACAUCAGAGACUCCUGUGCGCACACAAUGCAGACAUGCAGAUACUGUAACUUGGAAGUCCGUCGCGGUGAGAUGCCCGCGCAUGAGCGUUACUGCGGUGCACGCACGGAACAAUGUGAGGAAUGUGGUGAAUGGGUUAUGUUGAGGUACCGCCGAUUGCACACUGAAUCCAACCAUGGAUUUAUACGAUUGGAUGAUGAUCCAGUACCAUUUAGACGAGACAAACCAAAAAAGGUUAUAAACGACUGGCCACAAACAAACGGAAUAAAAAAACAAAACACCAGCAAUGAGUUGAAUCGUAUGCCAGAACUACGUGAUAUACAACCAAGUACUUCAAAGCCAAGUGUUGCUAAUGUGCCGGUCAAUACUUUUAAGGAGAAUAUAGAACCGAGGCCGUCUAGUUCUACCAACGGAGCAGUCCCAAAACCAAAGAGAACUAAUGAUCAGCCACAGAUUAAUACAGCAACUAUGGCUACAAAUAAAGUUAAGAAUAUGACUGCAUCUCGGGGUGCGAUAAAGAAGCGUCCUGCCCCAAAACCUCCCGCAGCUGCGCCAAAUCCAGACCCAAGGCGUGACCUGGCCCAAACACGCGCUCUACAAAGACAACAAGAAGAGGAAAGAGAACGCAGAGAGAGAAGCGAGCAGAAUCUUGCCCGCGGAUUGCCUCCAAUACUUAAUCCGUUAGAAAAACUGGAGAAAUUGAGAAAAAUGGACGCUCUUCAGAACAGACAAGUGGAAGACCAGAGCUAUAAGGACAAGUUGAAUGGACGCGUCUGGAUGAGCAGGGAUGUUCCCAUAGGAAAUUUGCUGGGGGCGGGACCUAGUGAAUCGCGUAACAACCUGGAAACAGAGAGACGUCGCAAUUUGCCCUUACAAAAAGGAAAUUCAGAAAGACAGAAGAUAAAAUUAAAAAACCUGAAGCCUAUGACCGAAGAGGAGUUUAUAGAGAGAUUCAAUUACUUGCAUAUGAAUGAGCCGUCAAGGGAUAGGGAGGACCGGUUUAGUCAGAUCAAGUCAUCUCUUAGGGAACUUAGGCGGGGUUUGAAUGAGGUAACGGCGCCUUAUAAUGCAAAUAUUAAUGUGGAUUUGAAUCAGAACCGCAAUACGCCCUCUCCAGACGAUGAAGUGAAGUUGCCUUGCGAAUUUUGUGGAGCACCAGUGGCUGCUGAUAUUCUAGUGCAGCAUCAGACCGGGUGUCGUCCGGACCUGGCCCGUUUAGACGUUCGUAAAGGUAAAGGGCCUUCUCCGGCCGUUAGCCCCGUCUCUCCUCCACAUGGAGCAGUGAUUCCUUGCGAGUUCUGCGCGAAAUCACUGCCUGUAUACCUCAUCAGUGAGCACCAGGAACGCUGCGGACGUAAAUCGAAUUUACUUUUUGCGGAUUAAAUAAAUAUGCCAAUAUAGUUCACAAAUAAAAUUUCCUAUUUUUCAUACGUGAGAUCAAUGUUCACAAAGAUAUUUUUGCCUGUAAAUCAUCUUGUAGAAAAAUAGUGUUUUACAUUUGAACUUCUGUUUCUAAUGUGUGGAAAGAUUGUUUAUUAGUAAGAAUUAAUUUAGAUUAAGAUUUUUAUUCAAAUUUAUGAUUGCUAAGUUAGCUUCAAGCACACAGUGAUUUAAAAUAUAAAUUUAAAAGGUUGGCUUGCAAGACAUGCGAAACAGGGUAACGCCCAUUUAUGAACUUUAGCUCUCUUCAAAUAAAUACUAAAAUUUAUUAUAUAUUAUAAGUUUACAAAAAGGGCUGCAGGUCUGCCAUAUGUCAAAAGAAGGUGCCAUAAUUAUGACGAAUUGCGGAAAUUUUAAAGCUCUCUUAGUUAAAGAUUUUCAUUUGUUGAACUGAUGGUGUGUAUUGGAUUGUUUACGUGUUCGUGAUAUAAUGACAUCACAUUAAAUGGAUUAUAGUUUUAGCCAUAGAUAAUUAAUAAAUAUAAAUUUCUAUUAUUUUUUUAUAUACUAGAAAGGAUUUCAUACCCUCUUCUUUUAUAAAAUAUAAUAAUAAAUGUAUUUAAUUGUAUUUUAGAUUUUUUUUCAACUUUCGCAAAGGAAACUGAGCUUAAAAUAUACUACUAUCGUUGGCUUUUUGUAUUUUUCCUAUUAGACAAAUAUGUUUCUAUUUGUGAUAUAUUUCUAAUAUAAUAAAUUUGUCGUUUUCGUGGGUAGUUUUCCAUCAAUUUUCAUGAAUAGCAACUAAAUAAAACAGCUCAAUCGUUUGACAAUAAGCUGAAUAUUUUGCAAGACUGUCUUUGCUUCUAUAUGUGGUGUAACAAGACUCAUCGUCCAAUUAUGAGAAAUGUCGAAAUGGUUAGGUACAGGAUGCAAAGCAAUGCCUUCUGUGUCUGAAUUAACUAUAGAUUACCAAAAUGCAAUUAUCUCUGUCCACACACACACUGAGAUCACAGAGUGUACAGGAAAAUCUCCUGGUGGUGAGAGUGUGAAGCAAAAGAAGCAACGUUCGCUUGUAAUUGGCCAGAAGAAAGUAACAACAUCAUAAGUCAGUGUGUCGAUAGGUAUUGGCCAUUUGAACGAAUCGCCAAUCGUUGCGUCUCUCUUUACAUUUUCAGCCCCUCCUCUGAAGGUUUAAAGGCAAUUAGGGGUGCUUCAAAACUUCUUGCUUAAUCAUUCAACCUUUUACAUGAUUACAUUCAUUUUAGUAGUGAUCUUCAACAGUUUAUAUUAUUUAAGUGUAAAUAUAUAAAAAGUAUAACGUACUAUAAGAUUUUUUUAUGUAGAUUGUUAAGUGCCAAACUUAAGCUUUGUAUCUAACAAAAUAGUUAUACCUAAAUGUCUCAAUAUGGAAUUAAUGACCUCACGAGGUGUUUAUAUAAUAAAGGAUAGGCGUAAGAUGAUAAGCCGAAAGACGUAAUGGGCGUUUAUUUGGUGAGUGUCAACAGCAUGUCUAGUGACGCGACUCGAGCCGUUUGACAAAUAACAAUGACAGCGCGCCAUUUUUCAUUUGACGUAUAACAAGGGUCUACCCACUUCCUAAGAGGUUCGGUUCUUCCUAAUGCCACAACUCGAUAAUCUGCAUAUCCUUGAAUUAAGUAUAUUUUUAUAAAAGUAUGUGCAUGUAUGUUGUGUUAUCAAGCGGGAAUCAGUUAAUAAUUUUAUGUAAUUUAAUAUUAUAUUUCGUUAUGUUUGUGUAAUCCAUAUCUAUAUUAUUUAAUUAAGUUUAAAAUGUUUUGUAUGUGAUGCCAAAUGUUCAUUAAAAAUUAA